UUGAAGUUCAAAUAUUCAACACCCCAAAAUAUUUACGAUAAAAUUCUACCAACGAUAGCUAAAGCAAAAGCUGAUUUAACUGGACAAAAAAUAUUUCAUGACGUUAAAGCCGGACCAAAUAAUAAAAAUUUUGUAACGACGACUGUUGAAGCGGAAAGUUUGAGCGACCUGGUAAGGAUAAGGAGUCGGCUUGAUAGUUUGCUGUCUGGAUACCAAUGGCGGACUCCAAAUUAUAAAACUUUCUCAUUGAAAUCUUUUCCUCAAAAGAUUCGUAACGUUGCAAACGCGAAUGGCACAUACAUUUUGUACGACGACUACAAAAAAUGCCUCUCUAUCUACGGAACUAGUGAAGCCAUAAAUCGCACAAAAACUCAAAUCGACGAACUCCAGAACGUCAAAGUUGACGACUCGAAGAAAGAAAUUGAUCUGAGAAGCGCGUCGUAUUCGAGAGGUUUGACAAAAAAUUUGAUACGUCGUUUCGGCUUCGAUUUUGCGGCUCUUAAGAAAGAAAUUGAGGCGGUUGAUUUGGACCUAAACUUAAAAUUACACCGUCUGAUAGUGUACGGCCCGCAAGAAGCAUACGAUAGACUAGAAUCAAUACUGAGAGAUAUUUCGGCUGCAAUUGAGUUGGACAGACAGAUGAACAACAACGAUGACCAAAACAGAGAUAAUGAUUAUAUGAACAUUCGCAGACCAGAUGACAACCUUGGCGAUUGCAAAAUAUGUUUGGAUAAAAUAAGCUUCAGUGAUUAUUACGUAACUGAAUAUUGCGGACACGUUUACUGCAAAGAUUGCAUCACCAGUCUCAUAAAAAAUAGCAGCCAGGAGGCAAAUUUUCCGAUCAGGUGCAUACAAGAAAACUGCAACGCCGAAUUAGUUAUAAAAGAUUUUCAAAAUCUCAUCACGAACGAAGAUGACUUCCAAGCGAUCGUCGAGGCCUCAUUCAAGCACUUUCAAUCACAAAACAGCGACAAAUACUUCUGCUGUCCAUCACCCGACUGCCCGACCAUCAUAAGAAAAGUCCAAGAACCUACAUCAGCCCUCGAGUUGAAGGAAUUCAUUUGUGGCGUGUGUCAGCACUCCGUGUGUAUGUCGUGUGGCAACAUCUAUCAUAAAGGUACGAAGUGCGCGUACAACGCCGCAGACGAAACGUUGAGAUCCUGGAUAGACGAAGACGAGCUGAACAGAUCCAUCUGUCCGAAAUGUAGUUUCGGGAUCGAAAAGAACGGCGGGUGCAACCACAUGACGUGUUCCAAUUGUAAAACUCACAUCUGCUGGGUCUGUAAGAUGAUUUUUGACGCAAGUGGACCCUGUUACGAUCAUAUGCGGCAGGUGCAUGGAGGAAUCGGCGCGUGAUAUUUUAGUAUCGUCUAUGUGAAAUCUUUCGUCAGUUGCGAAUUUUUGCGAAUAUUCCUUGAUUAUUCUUCUAUCAUGUCGAGAAUAUUUUAUUUUAUGUUACUAAUAAAAUAAUUUUUACUUCAUUUUCAGGUGAAUUUCAUUUUACAUUGCUGAUAAACGACUUUUUUGGUUAAUUUUUACAAUUUAGCAAUCAGGUAUUAAUUAAUGCUUCUUGGAUUAACAUUUUUUAAAUUUUGAUAAUUUAUUUUACCACGAGUAUCAGUCAAUGUAUAUGGAUUUUACAUCAUGAUUUGUUUCAAAAGUAAUUAGUUACCAACGUAUUAUAGCAGUUUUAUUAUUUAUCGAAUCAUUCACAUCAACUUUUUUCUCGUUUGAUUUUUAUAUAAAUAAGUUUAAAUGGCGUUAGUUUGAUAGAAUAAAAUAAAUUUAAGAUGUUUCUUUAUUAUCAGAGUGGGAUGUGUUUGUUUGUAAGAAAACUGGUUCUUAAAAGAGAAUUUUAUUAAAAACAUGCUAAAGACAAAUAACCUGGAAAAAAUUAAAAAAAAAAAUUCAUUUUCAAGAACACACAAAAAUAAGUGAUGAUAUUUUAUGCUUUUAGAGUUUUAAAAUCAACCUUUGUGAUAGAAGAAGAAAAAUUUAAAUAAGUGUAAAACAUGAAAAUGAGUGCAACAAUACGAAAUGAAGAACGAUUCGAACGAAGUUUGUAAAUGUUCAUCGCCGUGUGUAUGUGAAAAAAUGUUAAAAAUAACAUCUAAUAGACCACUCCGUGAACAUCUUUCAGGUGCUUGUGACAUUCUCCAACAAUUCUGAAAGCCUUCUUGCAAAUCCAACAGAUGUUCGUCUCACAUUUCACGCAGGUCACAUGUUGGUAACCUUCAACUCUCUCAAUGCCAGAUAGACACACGGGGUUGGGGCAUAUGCCCCGUCUUUCCAAAUCAUCUUUCAUCCAUCUUCUCAAACCUAGGUCGCUGGGGCAAAGGCGAUUUGUCUCGCAGUUCAUACCAGGGUGUGAUUCCAGUCCACAUGAUGUACAUUGUAGAGGGCACCAACAAAUUUUACAAAACUGCUCGUCAUCCAUAUAUACUUCCUCCUUUUCUUUAGUCUUUCUAUAAAUUUCCGGACAAUAUGCUGCAGGACAGUGCCCGAAUACUUCGGGUUUGGUUGAGAUGUGAUACUUAACGGAUGAUUCUACCAGUUGUUGUAAACAGUCUUCAUCGUCGCCUAUUGAAUUAUAAAUAUCUUGCCAAACUAUUUCCAAAUCGCAGUCAUCCCUGAUACAUUUGAUUGGAAAAUUUGAUUCUUGGGAUUGAAUUUUGAUCAGACUCUUGAAGCAUUCGGUGCAGUAAGCGUGCCCACAAUAUUCAGUCACGUAGUAAUCGCUGUCGCUAAUAUCCAGACAUAGGGGGCAUUCGAAUGAAAAUUCUCCCGA